AUGUCCACUGCCGCUGCGACUCCGAAUACCUCCUCCAAUGCUCUAAACCCCGCCGCCAAUCCCGCCCGGCCACUGAAGAUGAGCACUGCCGCCAAAGGCAUCGACGCACAGCAGCGAAAGCCCGGAAGCCCCAUCGACGGCGGUCAGAAGAAACCUCCCGCCAAAACGGCAUGGACCCAGGGCACCAAUCCCAUCACACAGCGACCGACUCACUCCCCCACCCCCAACGGUGCCGUAAGCUCACCUAAGCCCCCACAAGGCUCGACGGCUGCCUCCGCCGACAACGCUUCCCCGAUGAGGCACCUCAGCGACCGUAUGAUGUACCUGCUGGCCAAUCUGACGGGUCUUCCGGGCAUCAUUACGCUGAAGAAUGGCGAAAAGUACUCCGGUGUCCUCUCAGGCACCUCACUCGACCCCAGCGAGCUGCGCUAUGUUUUCAAGAUGGUCAAGAAGCUCCUGCCCACCAGCAACGCUCAGACCAACGGCACGAGCCAGUUGUCCGACGACUACGUUGGCUCAGGCGAUUACCACGUCAUGUCAUUUGACAUGAGCGAUGUGGCAGAUUUCAAUGUCAACAACGUUGUCCUUGACAAGUCCCAGCUCAAGGGCCAGAAUGGCUUCCGCACUGAUACCGACAUUUCUGGCAAGCUCGAACUCCGUGAACGCAAUCUUCAGAAGUGGGAACCGUCCGAGGUUGAUCCCAACAUGACGCUCGAGUCUACCGGCCGUUCGAACGACUGGGACCAGUUCUCCGCCAACGAGCGCCUGUUCGGUGUGAAGAGCAACUACGACGAGAACAUCUACACCACCACCAUCAAUAAGAAUGACCCACAGUAUGCGGAACGACUUGCCCGUGCUGAGAAGAUUGCCCGAGAGAUUGAAGGUAGCAGCGCAACCAACUCGCACGUCCGCGAAGAGCGCGGAGGAUACACUGCGGCCGAUGACAAUGGCGAUGAGGAGGACAAGUACAGUGGAGUACGACGAGACCUGACAAACCUGUCAAGCGGCCAGUCCAACCGGUACACCCCACCCGCACGACGUGCCCCCGCCCCUGAGGCGACGGUGCCCGGCGCUCCGGUGGACCCUGCCAUCAUCUCGUCUUCCGUCGCACGGCCUGCCUCGCAGUCGACACAACGUGUUGCAAGUCCCGCCGCACCAGCACCAGCAGCAGCUGCGCCUGAACCUAGCAAAACGCAAGAGUCCAGCAAGGACGCACCCAAGCCUGCAUCAAAACCAGUCGAUGCGCACAAGGUUAUUGCGGAACAGCUGCAGAAGCCAAGUAGUACGAUCAAAUCUGGGGUUGCUGCCAUCCCUCCUAGGAAAGCUGGACGGCCACACGACGCAACUACCAACGUCGAGCACGACCUGCUUGACUCCUUCAAGCAGUUCUCGGCCGCUGAGAAACUACGGAUUUCCGAUCGCCAGAGGGCUUUCGCCCGCGAGAACAAGGCUGUGAAGCUCAACGAUCUUAAGAAGUUCGCGCUCAACUUCAAACUGAGCACGCCGGUACCGUCAGAUCUUGUGCCCAUACUCGCUAAGGACGAGACAAAGCAGCAGGCUAUCGUCGACAAGGCCAACAAACAAGCGCAGGAAAUGAAGACUACACCUCCGAAGGCGGCCAACACCAUGGCAGACCCCAAAGCUGCCGCAAGAUCUGCUGUUAAGCCAGAGUCCACCCAAGCAUCUCCUAGCGCCAACGCAGAACGCCAACAAAAUCAACGUGCUCGACCAGGGCAACCAGCCUAUGCGUCUGCUUCUAUGCGGGGUUCCCACCAGAACAUGAACCAGAUUCCUCCUCGCAACCAAGGACUACUCAGCACUCGUCUGCAGAUGAACCACCAGCAGCAUAAGCAGCAAGGUGCCAUGCCAUACAACGGCGUUCCUCAACCGAUACCAGCUCAGGAUAUGCGCAUACCACCUACUGGUCCUUCACAGCCCUCGAGUGGUGCCCAGACGCCUUCUUCCAGCAUGUCUACAAGGUUCAACGUUCGCGCCCAUGAGUUCAAGCCCAACCCGGCUGCAAACACCUUCCAGCCUGGUGGAACUCCUAGCGCUACCUCCAGUCCUAGGCCAACCUCGUCUAGGCAAGAAGUUCGCAAGCCUCCUGUUACCAACUUCUUUACUGGCCCGAAGCCCACUGUUAAAUCACUGGACGGACUGACGACCUUCAAUGCCAUCGGACGCCUUGAGAAAGAGGCGCAGUCGAACGCGAACUCGCAUCACUCCGAUAUUGCACCUCCUUACAAAACCCCGCCUACGUGGGAUUUCCCCUCUUCGAACACGAACAAGGGAUAUGAGCAGCUAUUUGAUCAUGCUCCUCCAGCUGCGCCCUUAUCAGUACCACAGCAUGUCAUGCCCAACGGCCCCAUGCCUCAUCAGCAUCAGUUACCACCUCACCUCCAGGGCGCCCAAGUUCAGCCUUCACCACGGCCGAUGGCGCCAUACAUGUAUGGCGCACAGCCCCAGCCAAUGCAAGGCUACCCUCCGCAAGUUCCGCAAUACGGCAUGAGUCCCGGCAUGCAGCAUGCCACUAUGCGCAACCCACAAGGCGGUCAAUUCAUGAACGGCCCUGGGCCGGCGAUGGGGGGCCAGAUGAUGACGAAUCAGCCUUCAAAUGGGCCCUUUAUGGGAAUGCCAGGUAAUCCACAGAUGCAGAUGUACUCUCCCGCUCCCGCUCCUGCGUAUCCUCAGUACCCGGCUCACAUGCCUCCUGGCGCCAACGGAUUCCCUAGCCCCAGGCCAGGUGCACCAAUGAUGAGCCAUCAAGGAUCGCAACAAGGCCACCACCAGCAGCAACCCCCUAUGAUGUACAUGCAGCCUGGUGCACCAGCUCCUCAGAUGUACCAAAUGCAGCCAGGAGCCAUGGCUCCAAUGCGAGGACCUUUCCAGCAACAAUACCAAGGUGGUCACUACGGCUCACCACAACAACAUCACCAGUUCCCCCAGCAACAUCGUGGUACACCCAGCGGAAGUUACUCGCAGCCUAUGAUGCCGCAGCACUCAUCGGGUCCCCAAGCUCCACCCACUGGCCCCGCUAACCAUGCACCGGACGGCAACGCUGAGCCCAAAUGA